UUUCCAGUAACUCAUUCCAGAGUGCUAUUUCAAAAUGUGCAAAUAUUAUCAGAUAAGUCUCUUUUUUAUAAUCUGUGUGUUAUGUGCACUUUCAAGAAGCGACGUGGUGCAGGAUCAACGACCAUUCGAGCAAAAACGAUCCGGAGUUUCGUAUAUACUAGCCGGAAAUUACACAUUUCAAAAUAAAGACAAUAAAGGAAACGAUGUGGCCAGGAUUUUCGUACCACCUCCAUCGUUUAAUGGAAGACGGAUAUCACCAUUGCCAGGUUCAGAGGGAAGUUCCCAACUGGCUCCAACAAACUCAAUAAUCAAUUACAGCCAUAAUAAACCGUGGACCCCGCCAAUAAGUUUAGAGGUUCAAUGUUCUAAAUAUCUGGAUGAGAUUGAAAAACUUAAGAAGACGCUUCAAGAACAAAUAGAGUCCAGCAAGAAGGUAGCACAUACUACCGACAGACCCAAAAAGCAGUCUGCAAAAAAGGUUCCAGCUAAAGCAUCUAAGAAAUCAACGUCCGCAAAAUCCAGCCAGAAAGACGUGUACUUCAACUCUCGGAAAACGUACGACGAAAUGAUGAAGCUGUUCAAUAAAACGACACUGGCUGGUGUCGAUCCGAAAAUUCGCGCAAAUGCCGAUUACUAUCUGCACCACCUGAAAAUGAAUCUUCUCGUGUUGACCAGCAACAUUCAGGACUAUUCCAAGAUAAAGACCUGCUUCAGUAACUUCCUGAGUAGGACUCAACAACUAAGGGAUUACAUGUCCUAUCACUAUGAUAGCUGUAAAGGUCACUACGAGCAGACCUGUAACAGCAACACCUUGGUGAGCUACCAGGAUGGUUUGAAUGAACUAGAAUACAUGACAGCUGAAUGCAUCCGUCAACGAAUAAACUAAGAAGAUCUAAUCUAACAUGCUAGAUGUGAACUAAAAAGUUUGUAAAUCAUGUAGAAAACAAUAAAUUAAUAUAAAAAAGGUGGUGGAUUGUGCAUAAAACGAUGAUUUAGGGUGCUGUAACGAAACUUACCCUUACCCGAAUCACCAACGUUCUUAACCACACUGUCCAAUUUGGCCUGAACCUUGGUUUGAACGUUUUCUGCACCUUCCUUCAUUUUGGCCAGUAUUCCUACGAAAAUUA